UUUAUUAAUUUGUACCACUCACUACUGGAACUUGUUGCGAUUAGUUGCCAACUUUGUUCAAGAAUCACUUAAUUUAUAAUGGGUCCAAUUUUUACCUUGUUAUUUCUUAGCGUUCUUAAUUUGAUAAGUGCUGCACCGGUAGAAGAGGAACCUCUUCCAGAAUUUACCUUCAUCGGGUCAUUUCGUACUUCUUCAUAUUACGUCAGCGAUGUCCCGAGCACAUGGAACAACGCAUACACAGGAUGCAUCCGAUCGGAUCAUGGAAAUCUGACGUCUGUCGGAACUCCAGAGGAAGAUUUUGAACUUCGACUCCUCAUGAUAGAGAAUGACAUUGAACAAGCCUGGACCGGAGGUGCAUAUGAUGCCGAAAGUAUGAAAUAUUUCUGGGUCGGGACCGGUGACGAAAUUAUGGUCGACGCAUGGGCACCCUGGGAAGUCGGACAUCCGAUAAAGGAACCUGACUUUUGUGUAUUUAUUCAUAAUCGAGUUUUUGAUCCAACCACGUGGUACACUCUACCCAAAACUAACCUGUUCUACUAUAUUUGUGAAAAGGAAAACCCGGUUACCACGGAACCAACAACCCCAGAACCAACUACGACCACGACAGAACCAACUACGACAACCACAGAACCAACUACGACAACCACAGAACCAACUACGACAACCACAGAACCAACUACGACAACCGAAGAACCAACUUCGACAACCACAGAACCAACUACGACCACGACAGAACCAACUACGACAACCGAAGAACCAACUACGACAACCACAGAACCAACUACGACAACCACAGAACCAACUACGACAACAACAGAACCAACUACGACAACCGAAGAACCAACUUCGACAACCACAGAACCAACUACGACCACGACAGAACCAACUACGACAACCGAAGAACCAACUUCAACAACCACAGAACCAACUUCGACAACCACAGAACCAACUACGACAACCACAGAACCAACUACGACAACCGAAGAACCAACUUCAACAACCACAGAACCAACUACGACAACCAAAGAACCAACUACGACAACUGAAGAACCAACUACAACCACCACAGAACCAACUACGACAACCGAACAAUCAACUGAGACAACCACCGUUGAUCCCAUCGCUGAAUGGAUCUGCCCACCCGAUUACGUCGGCGAUAUCGGUCAUCCUUUCAACUGCAGCUUUUACUACACUUGCCAGGAGUCACCUCUACCACCAAUUCGGAAAACGUGUCCUGCUGGCUACUAUUUUGAUUCUUGGGAUCUGUACAUAUGUCGGUUACCAUUUCAAGUCCCGAAAUGUACCGGUGGUACCCCCGUUCCAGGCACACCUACUCCUAAACCGCCCGCAUAUUAUAAUCAAAAAUUGGAAAAAGAAUAUUAUUCAUAUGAUUAAAGUAUUUUUAGUCCCACAAGUGGUUUACAAAUUUGCAAAUAUAAAUUACUCUAUACACAUUUUUUUAUGGAUAGUAAAAAUAAAUGUGAGAUGAAUAUACUUAUGCUUCAAUUCA